AUGAAUACAUUCAUUCACGACCAUCAGCUGUCUUCCCCACUUACCUCGUUUCUUAACCUGAAGGAGGGCAUAUAUCUCUUCAAUAAUGGGGUAGAUCCAUACUCUGGAGGUGUAUUUCGACACGUAUGUAGUCUCCACUAUACCUUUCCCUUUUUCACGACCAUUUUGUCUCCGUCUCGGAUAACCGCAUCCAUACUAUGGACAUUAUGCGACUCGAUAGGUGCUUGGUCGAUGAUACGCAUAUGGAGGGCUAGGCAGAGGGUUGCGCAGAGCAGUAGAGACAUUUUGGUCGCAACCAUGUAUUUCUUGAAUCCAUAUCUGUUCCUUCCAAGCCUGGCCUUCUCCACAUCAUCCAUCGAAAAUGCUGUAUGUUUGCUAGCCAUAAUGUUUGCGUGCGAAAGACGGACGUCUGCAUCAUUGCUCGCUUUGGCUUUUCUUAUACAGCUAUCUCUUUCUUCCGCUCUCCUCAUAACGCCAAUAAUUCUCCUGCUGAUGACCAAUCCAACCUCGCAACUUGCAUCUCCGAGACCCUUUUCUGGAAAAUGGAUUCAAUCAUUGGGACUUAUUGUCGAAUUAACUGUAUACUCCAUCGUUCUUACGCUUGCUUCAACUCUUGUCUCUGGCAGCUUCCUUUGGAUAUCACAGACAUGGGGCGCAAGUCUCACACUUCCUGAUUUAACACCUAACCCCGGGCUUUGGUGGUAUUUCUUCACCGAAAUGUUUGAUCAUUUCCGCCCAUUCUUCUUGAUGGUGUUUACGGUGCACCUCCUGACUUACAUUGCGCCUAUAUGCAUCAAAUUUCAGUACGAUACACUGUAUGCUACAUUCCUACUCGUCGGAGUACUUGGCAUAUUCAAGGCAUACCCAACCCUAUCGGAUCCGGGGCUGUUCCUGUCGAUGAUUUCUCUGUUCCCGGAGAUAUACCCUUACUUCCGACACCCCAUCGUUACUUCAUUGCUUCAUCUACAUGCCGCAAUGCUUCUGCCUUUGUUCCAUAAACUAUGGCUUGCGCAGGGUACGGGAAACGCCAAUUUCUUCUAUGCAUCCACUUUAGUAUUUGCCUGUGCCAAUGGCGUUGCUCUUGUGGAUUGUGUAUGGGCCGGUCUGAGAAUUGCGAUUGGAGAAGAAGUUGAUGGGUAUACCGUUACUCAAGAAUAG